AUGGCCCAGCAUAACCUAUUUAUCGCCCAACCUCUAAUUGUGGUAUCCAAGCGCCAGCUCACAUUGUUGGACCCGGCGGCCCCUGCGCCAGCUGCCACCCCGCCGGAUGCUGAAGCCGUGCCGGCGCGAGUGGCCGCUGCUGCUCGUGCCUACGACGGCCUCUGA